AUGUCUCGGCCAGAGCUGCAAGCUCCACCUGAGAUUUUCUACAAUGAAGAGGAGGCUCGCAAGUACACUCGCAAUUCUCGAAUCAUGGAAAUUCAGUCAGAGCUCUCCCACCGAGCCCUCGAGCUUCUCUCUUUGCCUGAAGAUGGCGUCCCCAGGUUGCUCCUCGACAUUGGUUGUGGUUCGGGUCUUAGCGGAGAUACAUUGUCAGAGAGUGGGCAUCAGUGGAUUGGUUUAGAUAUUUCCCGGUCAAUGCUUGAUGUUGCAUUGGAGAAUGAGGUUGAGGGUGACCUUUUGCUUGGGGACAUGGGUCAGGGCUUAGGACUUCGUUCAGGAGUUAUUGAUGGAGCCAUAAGUAUCUCAGCUGUUCAGGUGUAUCAGGAUCUUAUUGGUCUUGGCCACAUUAAACAUAGGUUGAGCCUGGCUUUCUUUGGAUCAUUGUACAGAUGCUUAGCAAGGGGAGCAAGAGCAGCAUUUCAAGUGUAUCCUGAAAAUCUAGACCAGCGAGAGCUGAUUUUGAGUUCUGCAAUGCGUGCUGGAUUUGCUGGGGGUGUAGUUGUUGAUUAUCCCAACAGUUCCAAGAAAAGAAAAGAAUACCUUGUCCUCACCUGUGGCCCACCAUCUAUUAGCACAUCCACUCCCAAUGGAAAAGGCGAAGAUGGUGAGAGUUCCUCUGACGAUGAUAGUGAAGAUGAAGACAAUCAGACAGUUUCAAUCUCAGACAGGCACAGGCCCAAGAAAAAACAGAAAAUAACAAAGAAAGGCAAGGGAAGAGAAUGGAUAAUAAAGAAGAAGGAACAGAUGAGGAAAAAAGGAAAUGUUGUUCCACCAGACACAAAGUACACAGCUCGGAAACGUAAGGCUCGGUUUUGA